AUGAUAGUAGGUGCUGAUGUGACCCAUCCAUCGCCUGAUCAGCUUAGCAUUCCUUCAGUUGUUGCUGUAACUGCCAGCCGUGAUCCAAAGGCUUUCAAGUACAACAUCCAGAUUAGGUUACAACCUCCGCAGGUAGAGAUCAUUGAAGACCUGGAAAAUAUCAUGAGACAGCAGCUUCUGUUCUUUUAUAGAAAGACGUCUGCUUGCAAACCAGAGAGGAUAAUAUUUUUUCGAGAUGGUGUAGGUGACGGACAGUUCGCACAGGUUUUGAACAGUGAGNCAGAAAAUGAAAUUGAAAAGAUUGCAUACUACUUAUGUCAUAUGUUCUCACGUUGUACACGCAGUGUGUCCUAUCCAGCACCUACAUAUUAUGCACAUCUUGCUGCUAAGAGGGCUCGUGUGUACCUGGAGGGAGAGAACAUUAAGCUGUCUAAUCUACAAAGUCAGCAACAUAUAUGUGCUGUCUUGAAAGAAAUUGUUUCAGACCAUCCCAUGUUUUUUAUGUAA